GAGGAGAGAAAGAACAGUCUGGCCUAUUAAAUGUCAGUCUGCAACUUCACCUUCUCGCUAUAACUCUGAAACCACUCUCUCUUUCAGCUUUCAGCUUCUAGCUUUCAGCUUCAGCCUUUAGUUUGUGUAGUGGUGAUGGAAUUGGCGACGGUGGUGGUUCUGUUGGGCUUCGUGGCGGCGUACGCGGUGUGGUUCGCGCGGCUGGCGUCAGGGCUGCGCGGGCCGCGUGUGUGGCCGGUGGUGGGGAGCCUUCCGGGGCUGGUGCAGCACUCGGAGCGCAUGCACGAGUGGAUUGCCGAUAACCUUCGCGGCGCCGGCGGCACGUACCAGACCUGCAUCUGCGCCGUCCCGGGGCUGGCGCGCCGUCAGGGACUCGUCACCGUGACCUGCGAGCCCCGGAACCUGGAGCACGUGCUCAGGACGCGGUUCGAGAACUACCCCAAGGGGCCCACGUGGCACGCCGUCUUCCGCGACCUCCUCGGCGACGGCAUCUUCAACUCCGACGGCGAGACGUGGCUCGCGCAGCGGAAGACCGCCGCGCUCGAGUUCACCACCCGCACGCUCCGCGCCGCCAUGUCGCGGUGGGUUUCGCGGUCCAUCCACCGCUGCCUCAUCCCUAUUCUGAAGGAGGCCUCCGCCGCCUCCGCCUCGGUCGACCUGCAGGACCUCCUCCUCCGGCUCACCUUCGACAACAUCUGCGGACUGGCCUUCGGGAAGGACCCCGAGACGCUGGCGCCGGAGCUACCGGAGAACUCAUUCGCUGCCGCGUUCGACCGGGCCACCGAGGCCAGCCUCCGCCGGUUCAUCUUACCGGAGGUGGUGUGGCGGUUCAAGAAGUGGCUCCGGGUCGGCAUGGAGGCCACGCUCUCCCGCAGCGUCGCGCGAGUCGACGGGUACCUCUCGGCCAUCAUCAAGGCCCGCAAGCUGGAGCUCGGCGACGGCUGUGGUGGCGGCCGGAGCUACGACGAUCUCCUCUCCCGGUUCAUGAAGAAGGGCGAGUACGCCGAUUCGUUCCUCCAGCACGUGGUGCUCAACUUCAUACUCGCCGGCCGGGACACCUCCUCGGUCGCGCUAUGCUGGUUCUUCUGGCUCGUCUCCGUCCACCCCGCCGUCGAGCGCCGCAUCGUGGCCGAGCUCGUCGCCGUUCUGACCGAGUCCCGAGGCGGCGAUCCCAGUGAGUGGCUCGCCGCCCCACUCGCCUUCGAGGAGCUCGACCGUCUCGUCUAUCUCAAAGCCGCCCUAUCGGAGACGCUCCGUCUCUACCCGUCGGUACCCGAAGACUCCAAGUACGUGCACUCCGACGACGUCCUCCCCGACGGUACAUUCGUCCCCGCAGGCUCCUCCAUCACUUACUCCAUCUACUCCGCCGGAAGAAUGAAAUCGGUGUGGGGGGACGACUGCCUCGAGUUCCGACCCGAACGGUGGCUAUCACCGGACGGCAAGCGGUUCGAGCCGCACGACUCGUUCAAGUUCGUGGCCUUCAAUGCCGGGCCGCGGAUCUGCCUCGGAAAGGACCUCGCCUACCUGCAGAUGAAGUCGGUAGCGGCGUCGGUGCUGCUGCGCCACCGCCUCAAGGUGGCUGCCGGCCACCGCGUGGAGCAAAAGAUGUCACUCACGCUGUUCAUGAAGGAUGGGUUGAGGAUGAACGUGUUCGACCGGGACUUGACCUGCGAGUUCGGAAGGGCGUCCCGGCCGGGGACGUCGCCGUCGGCAGUGGUUGAAACCGCAGCCUAAUUUGUAGGCAACAAGCGGGAAUGGCAAACAUAUUGUUGUCGUGUGAUUGAAUUGAAGAAGAAAAUUAAGGAUUAUUUCACGUUGUGUAAUAAUAGAUCAUUUGAUGUGAGAAAAUUUAUAUU